UACCCUUAAGAGGCUACGAACAUUUGAGUGUAUGGAAUCGAGACGUGAAGCAUUUAAGCUUGGAGUAGCUUCAGCUGUACUUCUAGCUCUAGCACACGUUACAUCUAACUUGCUUAGCGGGUGUAUUUGCACUAGUUCCAUGGAAGAGCUGGAAAGAUCAGCUGCUAACCGGAAAAUAUGGUUUGCAUGUCUUAUUUCCUCAUGGAUUAUAGUGGCCAUUGGUCUUCCUACGCUGAUUAUGGGCAUAUUAGAAGAUUUCACAUCAAGAGGUUCAUGCCAACUCUUACACCUUCAUUUUCAGUCCAUUGGUGGGAUAUCAUGCUUCAUACGUGGUCUGUUAUGCAUAGCAUUAUAUCUUUCUGCGACUUUCAACUUUGGAAUUAAUGAAAGCUCUACUACCUCUUCGGGACAUGAAGUACUUCCUUGAUGGUUAGCAAAAAAAAAAUGAAGUACUUCCUUGACUGUCAUUUUCUUCUCUCUCUUUUUGUAUAUGGGUUUUUCUUUGAGAAAUGACAAUUCAUAUCUCUUUCUC